AUGUGUCUUUCCCUCUCUUUUUUGUUUCUUUUCUCCCUCGCUUCCCCGUAUUUCCUCUCCGCCUCUGCUCAAGACUUCGAGAUAAGUCCUGACAUCCUCCUAGCUGGGUCCCCAGCAGCAAUGUUAUUCGCCUUCCUUGACACUCAAGAAGAUUUCUCUGGCGCUUCUCAGGCUCUCGCUGCUCUCCCUUCGGUCUGCAAGACUCAAGGGCUCGCCGAGACCCUCACCAGCAGCAGGAGCAGCAGCAGCGAGGCAGUAGCGGCAAACGUUGACUGCAAUCUCACUGGAGUGGACCCUGAGUGCUUCCUCAUCAACCUUGCAGGCUAG